UUAUGGUUUUAUCUGGUUUUUAGACUAAACACCUUUCUUACAGUGUGCAAUGACUCCAAAAUGUUGUGGGGAAAAUGUAAAGUUUCUCAAAGUGAAGCCUGUAGAAGUGUAAUGAAGUGCAGUAACACUGACUAUAAUGGUUCACAGAUUUCAGAACUUGGUUCUUGGAAACAAUAAGAUUUCAGAGCUCAAUGUAACAUAACGAUGCCAUGUGAACCCUGCAGCGUCGCUAUGUAGAGACUCAAACAUGCUCACAUACUACAGAACACAGAAAAACACAUGGGUGAGGUUUUCACAUAUUUGUUGACUUUGGCAUAGAGCCACCCAGCCCCUCACACACACACACACACACACACACACACACACACACACACACACACUUACAUACAUUUGUCUCCUAGCCGUAUUUUCAGUCCGUUCCUUUCACAAACAUUUCCUUUUUUUCCCUCUCCUUAUUCUCCCAAGUGGAUAUAUGGCAUUCUUUCCUCCUCGAGUUUUAUGAUUCGAGCCAAAACUUCUUUUUUUUCUUUUUCCACUAUGUUGGGCGCGGGCCAUGUCUUGUUUUUCAACAUGAAAAUAAUGGCUGAUGUUGAUGAGUAUCUGUUUAUAAUAAAGAACUUUUUUUUCCUGAAGAAACUGGCUCACUGUGAUAUUUUGGAUUUGAAAAAACUUGUCUUGAGUCCUUCACAUUCCCUGGACCUCAUUAAGUUGGUACAACGCCUUUCUAUUAGCUUUUAAUCCUCUUUUUUAAUAAAACCAUCUGUCCAAUGCACAAUUACACUACACUGUAAAAAAUGUCUGUAGAUUUUACGGUGAAAAACUGCUAAACCAUGACAGUAAAAUGGGUUAAUUCAGUUUCAGUAACAAUGAAACACCGUAAAUGUAUAUAUCAGCCAAAAGUGUAUUUUUUUUUUACAUUUUUUUAUUUUUUGAAAAAUACAUUACUCCACUAUAAAAUACUCUGGCACCAUGUUUGUAAAAAAAUAUACUGUAAUAUAUAUACAAGCCAUCACUGUAAUUUUUGCAUUUUCCUUUUGUAAAAAAUACUUUUUCUCACUAUUAAAUGUACUAAACACCAUAUCUCUAACAGAAAUAUACUGUAAUAUUUAAUGGAAAAAUCUUUAAUUUAUGCAUUUUUAUUUAUAAAGUAUUUUCUUGUCAAUUAUAUGGCAAAACAGCGUUUCUUUUGAUGGAAAAGCUUUUUAUUUAUACGGUAAAAAAAUGGAAUAAAAUUUCAAUCUUAAACGUGAAAUCAACAGUGCUAAUAUCUGUUUACCGUAAUAUUUUUUAAAAGUUGCACCGUAUUUAUUACGGUAAAUUUCUUGCAACCACAGCUGCUGUUUUUUUACCGUAAAAACAGUUUUUUUACAGUGUAAAGUUGAUGUCAAUGUGCAGAGAAGUUGGUGCAACACCUUUCUAUUAGCUUUUAUCCUUUUAAAAAAAAAAAGAAAACCAUCUGUCCAAUGCACAGUAACUACACACACAUAGACACACAUGUGUUGACACUAAUGUGGCUCUGAGUUGUGUUCACUUCUCGAUGUUUGGGGUCGGAAUUGGGCCGCCCAACCACUGGAGACGGGGGACAACAUCUGUCCGCCAUCUUUGUCAGUGCUGUCAACUAUUAUGGAAACGCUCACAGCAGUAGUUCAGGAUGGCUCUCAACGUGCCGGGUCUGGUGGUCAUGGCGGGCUUCUACCUGCUCAUCUUGGGCACGGGCAUCUGGGCGUCCAUGCGCUCCAAGAAGGAGGAGAAGAAGUGCUCCGGAGACGGCAUGGAGAUCACGCUACUGGCUGGACGCAACAUCAACCUGCUAGUCGGCAUCUUCACUCUAACAGCUACUUGGGUGGGUGGAGGCUUCAUUCUGGGCAUCGCUGAGGCGACAUACAACCCGACUCUAGGGGCCGUGUGGGCCCUCAUGCCUGUGCCUUAUGUUCUCACCUUCUUCUUGGGUGGGUUUUUCUUUGCCAAGCCCAUGAGAGAGAACAAGUAUGUGACAAUGAUGGACCCGUUCCAGAAGAAGUACGGGAACGUUCUGAGCAGCGCGCUGAUCUUUCCCGCGCUGGUGGCUGAUGUCCUGUGGGUGGCACGCACGCUCGUCAGCCUGGGUGGAACCAUGAGCGUGAUCCUGGACCUGAACUACAUCUACUCCAUCGUCAUCUCCUCAGUGGUGGCCAUCAUCUACACCCUGCUGGGGGGGCUCUACUCGGUGGCCUACACUGACGUCAUCCAGCUCAUCCUCAUCUUCGUCAGUCUGUGGGUGUGUGUUCCCUUCCUGAUGACCAACCCUCACUCUGUGGACAUCUCCCUCACCGCCUACAACCAGACCUUCCAGGCUCCCUGGGUCGGCACGGUGGAGCUGGACCAGGCCGGGAAGUGGUUUGAUGACUUCAUGCUGCUGGCUCUGGGUGGUUUGGCCUACCAGGCGUUCUACCAGAGAAUCCUGUCCGCCUCGUCUUACACCCAGGCUCAGGUGACCUGCUUCGCCUCUUCAGGCUUCUGCCUGGUGCUGGGUAUCCCCUCCAUCCUGGUGGGGGCCGUCGCUGCAUCCACAGACUGGAACUCCACUGCGUACGGUCUGCCCACCCCGUAUGAGCGUAACCAGGCGGGCUCCAUCCUGCCCAUCGCCCUGCAGUACCUCACCCCGUCAUACAUCUCCGUCAUCGGCAUCGGAGCCGUCGCUGCUGCCGUCAUGUCCUCCAUGGACUCAGCUCUGCUCUCCUCCGCCUCGCUCUUCUCCUCAAACAUCUACAAGAACAUCAUCAGGAAGCAGGCGUCGGACCGUGAGAUGCAGUGGGUGAUCCGUAUCUCGGUGGUGGUGGUGGGUCUGGCCGGUACCGGCCUCACCUUCCUGGACAGCAGCGUCCUGGUCUUCUGGCUGGUGGGCGUGGACAUGUCCUACACCAUCAUGUUCCCUCAGCUGGUCUGCGUCCUCUUCUUCAAGGUGUCUAACGGCUACGGGGCCACGCUGGGCUUCCUGAUGGGCAUCAUCAUGAGGGUCCUGAGCGGCGAGCCCCUCAUCGGGUUACCUCCCGCCAUCCACUACCCCGGCUGCCGGCUGGACGCGGAGGGGAAGAUCACCCAGUACUUCCCCUUCCGCACCGCCAUCAUGGUCAUCUCGCUGCUCUCCAUCCUGCUCUUCUCCUGGCUCACGUCCAUCAUCUUCAACAAGGGGCUUCUCUCCGAGAGGUGGGACGUCUUCAAGAUCAAACGCAAGGAGAAGCCGUCAGCCAGAGCGGAGCAGAGGACCGACGGCGACAACAAGGAAGCCUCGGCGGCCAAACAGCUGCUGGACACCAGCUGCUAGAGAGGCUCAACGGGAGGAGAGAAGAUGGGCGCUGGAUGGCUGGAGGCGGACAUGUUGGUUCGUCUGCUAGGCAAGAGUUCACAGAGAGGGAACAAAGGUCAAAGGCUGGACUUUAUCUACACAUUCUGUGCACUAUCACAGGAAAUUAGUGGCAAUGACAUUUACAUUAUCAGAGUGUGAUCUAAGAUCUCUGGCACCUUCUUCAUCAGCUGCCUCGUUGUCUUCUAGCAGGAAUAACUAAAGGCUCCUGACUGGUUUAACCAGACAUUAGGCAGCAGAACAUAUAGUGAAGAUGAUUACAUGCAUGAAAUGCCAGAGAUUAUACUGAAAUAUGUAUAUAUCAUCAUACAUCAAUGACACAAAAUUCAACCGCCAACAAUUCAUUUCCAUUAGGGAAAAUCCUAUCCUUAUCCACCUUUUUAUUCAUAUCCCUUAAUUCCUCAUAUUGAUAAUAUAUAUUUGCACCACAUUUUGAUAAAUUGAGAUCCCCUUUUCAACAGAAACCCAAAUCCAGUUCCUUGAGACCAUAAAGACACAACACGUCGCUCCAAAGAAACAAUCGAUCCAACGAUUGGUGAUGAUGAAAUCGUUUACAAACCACAGAAACCAAAGAGAUUACGUCAUGAACCUUCUGUGAAAACAGGACCGCAACAAGCCGUCUCUGACUAAUCAUUGAUCAGUGGGCGUGGCUCCUGUACUGUAAGUGCAUCUGGCUCCUCUCUCAGCGUGAACCUCUGUAAAUGAUCUGCAGCUAUGUGCAGCACGACGGGGCUCUCGUUAACACCAGAACAAAGAAAUGCGAUCCAAAGAAGUGGUGCACGGUGCGCUCCGUAUGCUCCGUGUCCCGUUUGUGAAAGUCAUUUCCUUAUUUAGCAGUUAGACUGUGAUCUGAUGUCUUCCUUUCCUUCGUUAACCUGUCGACUCGUCAGCGACUACGUGAUUCUUCUUGGCUUGCUAGUUAAAAUAUUAGAUAAUCAGUUUUCAACCUCCAAAAUUAUACACGACAAACAAUCAUUGCUUUUACAUCUUUGUGAUUUUAUCGACACACUGCGAUGUUUUCUCAUCGUUUCAGCAGUCGACACUCCUGAAAAUGUUCUAAAUCUUUUAAUAAACAGUGAAUCUGUGUGAGGAGGAUAAUCAGAGUUGUGUGAACAUAUCUAAGAUGUGAAGUUGUACAUUUUCAGUUUACCUCCGUCUCUCUAAGACUGCUCCGUUGGCACCAGCACGUUUAACACUUUAGUUUCUAAACCGCCCGGAUACAGAUGACUCCUUCCUGUCUGACUGCUCUGGGUCGCAAUAUUAAAAAUAGCAACAAAAACACACUGAUACACAAACACUAUUACAGGGUUUGACUCAUGACUAUUUAAUGUUACACUGCAAAAAAAGUCUAAAAACCAGAUCAAACAGUAAAUCUGAGGGAAAUGAUCUUGCUGCAUGGACAGAUAAUUUACCUUGACAAGAUUUAUUACAUUAAGAUUAUUGAAUCUAGAAAUAAGCAUGUUGAACACUUAAAAUAAGAAAUUAACUCUUAAAACCAGAUAAAUGAUCUAACACUUCUAAAUCAAGUUUUUUUUAUCUUGGUAAGAAACAAAAUCAAUUGCAGUGCAGAGAAAAGAAAGUCGGAAUUAUGAAAUUAAAAAGUCAUAAUUUUGAGAUUUAAAAAAAUUGAAAUUAUGAGAUUAAAAAGUCAUAGUUUGGAGCAAAAAAAGUUGAAAUAAUGACAUUAAAAAGUCAUAACUAUGAGAUAAAAAGUUGAAGUCAUGAAAUAAGAAACUCUUAAAACAAGAUGAUCUAACACUUCUAAAUCUAAAGUUUUUUAUCUUGGAUUUUUAAGAGUUAAUUCCU